GAAAGGGAAGAGAAGGGGAGGGGAGGGAAGGGAGGUUGGAAGCAGAGCCUGCGCCUGAGUCGCGAAAUUCGGACGAACAGCACAAAAUUGGCGAGGGGGAUUUCGUGGCGUGGCGCGCAGGCUCACUCACGGUGCAGACCACGUCGAUGGCUGCGGAUUCAAGCAAGUGGCAUCACGAUCGUCGUGAAGGAAGAAGCAUGGUUGUACGCUGGGCUGUUGGCCAGAGCUAGAGUCGUGUUCCGAGACAAGACCAGGAGCAGCCAGCCCGAUUUCAGACUGCCUUGAUUUGCGGCCCCGGGUCAGAGUCAUUAGCUCGGAUUGUGUCGCUGCCGGGCUUGGGUGUCCGAUUAUUGGCGUCGGCUAGGAACUCUGUGGAGUUUGGUGUGCGGGAGUGGCCGCCAAGUGUGCGAGACGAAAUUGAAGCUGUCGCUUGCCUCAAGCUUUCACACCUGGAGAGGAGGACCGUGGCAAAUUGCGAACGUUUGAUCAUGUGAAGUGUUUGUGUCGAGGGGCGCCGUUGAUCUAGUCGGUUUCUCACUUUGCGUGUGGAAUUAUCUCAACUCGUUGGAGGCCCGAAGAAGCCGGGAUCGCCCCUGAGGCUUCAAAGUUUGCAGUUUGCCAACGUUGGUCGAGCUGAAUUUGUUGAAUCGUUUUUUGAAUUUGUAAUCGCUGUCACUGGCUGCCGCGGCACUUUGUUACACCACACGAGAAAUGGGGCCAUCGAGGGCUGAAGACGAAGCAAUUCUCAGACGACUGCGGAUUUUUCUUUCUCAUGUGGGGGGCUGCAAUUCGGACUUGACGAAUGAAGGCCAAUUAUUUCGAGAAGCUACCAGCGGCAGAGAUUCCCAGCCAGGUUCAUUAAGUAUCGAUGUCUUGACAGAAAUCAUGACUGGUUCCGGCAGAGCUGAUAGGGAAAAAAUCUUCAGGUUUUUUGAGGGGCGACCUGAUUUGCAAACACCGGUAGAAAUUGGGAAGGAUGCGCAUCGAGAAUUGACCUAUAAACAAUUGAUCGCACUGGUGAGGGAGUGUGGCGUUCACCCUAUGCAGCUACUUGUGAACGAUCCAGCGAGAUAUUUCACGGUCAUGGAGGCAGUUGGAUUCAUCGAUAUUUCUCUUGGAAUCAAGAUGGGAGUUCAAUUCAGUUUGUGGGGAGGAUCUGUCGUGAAUUUGGGCACCGAGAAACACAAAGAGAUAUUUUUUGAUGGUAUUGACAACGUGGACUAUCCGGGAUGUUUUGCCAUGACCGAACUUCACCACGGUUCUAACGUGCAAGGGAUUGAAACCACUGCAACCUUUGACAAGGAAUCAGACGAAUUUGUGGUACUCACGCCUAACGAGGGUGCAACAAAAUGGUGGAUUGGCAAUGCCGCCGUACAUGGAAAGUUUGCCACAGUUUUUGCCAAGCUUAUAAUACCGUCGCCUUCUGGGGACUCUGAUAUGGGAGUUCAUGCCUUCAUUGUUCCUAUUCGGAGCAUGGCUGAUCAUUCAGUGCUUCCAGGCGUUGAGAUUCGGGACUGUGGAUAUAAGGUGGGGCUAAACGGAGUUGACAAUGGGGCCCUGCGUUUCCAUUCAGUACGCAUACCCAGAGACAACUUGUUGAAUAGAUUUGGAGACCUGUCUAGGGAUGGCAAGUACACGAGCACACUCCCAACUAUCAAUAAGCGCUUUGCAGCCACUUUGGGUGAACUUGUUGGUGGGCGUGUUGGGCUUGCAUAUGGAUCUGUUGGUAUCUUGAAAGCUUCUGUCACUAUCGCCACUAGAUAUUCUCUUCUGCGACGACAGUUUGGACCUCCUGAUCAACCAGAAAUCAGCAUUCUUGAUUACCAAUCACAGCAACAGAAGUUGAUGCCAAUGUUGGCGUCUGCUUACGCCUUUCAUUUUGCAACAGCGUAUUUAAUGGAUCGUUAUUCGGAAAUGAAGAAGACCCAUGAAGAUGCUGUUGUCGCAGAUGUUCACGCUCUGUCUGCAGGUCUUAAAGCUUACAUAACCUCUUAUACAGCGAAGGCAUUGAGCACAUGCAGAGAGUCUUGCGGUGGACAUGGUUAUGCAGCUGUAAAUAGAUUUGGAAGUCUUAGAAAUGAUCAUGAUAUAUUUCAAACGUUCGAGGGAGAUAACACUGUCUUAUUGCAGCAGGUCGCAGCUGACCUUUUGAAGCAGUACAGAGCAAAGUUCAAAGGCGCUCCUUUGGCGGUAACCUGGAAUUAUCUCAGGGAAUCGAUGGGCACGUAUUUGUCACAGACCAAUCCUGUCGUCACGCAUCGUGAUGAAAAAAUGCAUUUGCGCGAUCCCCGCUUUCAGUUGGACGCUUUUCAGUUUCGGACUGCGAGACUGUUGCAUACAGUUGCUUUGAGACUUAGAAAGCAUUCGAAGCGUUUAGGUGCAUUUGGUGCCUGGAAUCGCUGCCUCAAUCACCUCCUUACGUUAGCAGAGUCUCACAUUGAGUCUGUUAUAUUGGCCAAGUUCAACGAAGCAGUAAAGCGAUGUCAAGAUCCAGACGCGCGAAAGCUGCUGAAGCUUUUGAGAGACCUAUAUGCUCUGGAUCGUAUAUGGCAUGACGUCGGCACCUUCAGGAACCAGGACUAUGUAGCUCCCAAUAAGGCAAAGGCAAUCCACAAGCAGAUGGAAAUAUUGUGCGCCGAAGUCAGGCAAGUUGCUGGACCACUGGUUGAUGCAUUCGGCAUUCCGGAUUCUCUUCUGCGAGCACCAAUUGGACUACAGAGCGGGCAAUACUCUGAAUACACGCAUUAUGUUGGUUUUAGUGAUUAAAUUUUCUGCCAAAGCAGAAAUUCUUUCGGCCUUGUAAAGUUUUAGUAUAGAGCAGUGGCCUUCAUAUCAAUACUUUUGUCUAAAUUUAUUUUGAUUUGUAGGAAUAAAUUAUUUGGUAGUCGUCUACAUGUGCAGUUUAUGGUCUAUCGCAAUAAAGUAACAUCUGGGGGCGAAGUCUUCAGAAAUUAUCUGC